GAAUGUUUGAAUGUUUCCUAUCGACAUGCGAAUAUUUUAAAAGCAAAAGCUUUACUGAGAAGUCCUACUAUUGGAAUAAGAUAUAAUUAUUCAAUAGUAGAUCGAAAUGGAGUGACUACCGCACAAGAAACUCGCAAAUUUCAAUUAAGAUUUAAAACUAAUGAGGAUUUCGAAUCUUGCGCUGGGAUUAUUGGGAGAUACAUUAGUUGUAAACCUAUCCUUGGGAACGAUUCGAGCGUGUCAUCAUCGACUAGUAAUAAUGAAUUAGGAAUAUCAAAUCAAACCCAAAUAUUAAGUAAAGUUCAAACACCAUUCAAUAAUAUUGGCACAAUGCACCAACAAAUUACAAGGUCACAAAGAGAACAAUCGGUGACACUGACUACGCGUCAGGAAUCGGGUCAAAAAGAAUAUAAUAUUCCUGAUUCCUCUUCACGAUCUUCCGCUUCAUCUUCAACAUCGUCAUUUGCUACAACAACAGAUAUCAAUUCAAGACCUGCACAAAAUCAACAUAAUUCAUCAAAAAUUCCUACUUCAACAUCGUCAUUUGCUACAACAACAGAUAUCAAUUCAAGACCUGCACAAAAUCAACAUAAUUCAUCAAAAAUUCCUACUUCAACAACGCUUCAACAACAAACCUCUCCUAUUCAAAACAAUAAUUCAGAAAUCCAUACAUUAAAUCAACGACCACCAUCAAAUGAUAUGAAUUCCUCUCAAAAGGUGGUUAAUAUUGUAAACUCUUUUGCGUUCCCUAAUGAUGAUGAAGAACUUCAAGCAUGGAUUAUGAAUAUUUUAAAAGAUCCCGAAUAUCCGCAAUUU